ACAUGGAACAGGUCUGGCUGGCUUGGCCUCCCAGGAGCCACCUGACAGGUCUGGCUGAUCUUGGAACACCAAGGGCUGCCUCUCAUCAGCUCCUGGAGCACUGGGGCUCCGUGCUUUCCUUGCUGUGGGAAAGAACUGUCCAUCUUUCCAGAUGCCCAUUGCCAAAACUGGUUUCCUCCCUGAAAAAUUUCCUCUAUGCAAGAGUAUCUCCCAGAAAAAACCUGCCAACUCUGGCUGGCUUUGCCUUCUGGUGGUCACCUCUCAUCCACCAGGGAAACAUUGGGGCUCUGUUCCUUCCUUCCUAUUGAAAAGAACCUGGCCUUCAUGUCCAAGGUCCAUGACAAAAAUUAGAAUUUGGCCUCCCAAAUUCCAUAUAUCCAAGGAUUUCUCCCCGACAAAAGUAGCCAGGACAGACAGGUCAGGCUGGCCCUGUCCUCUAGUGAUUUUCUUAGACUAUGAGCUGCUGCUGCUCUGCUCUGGCCUGGCUGCUGAGAUCCUGGCCCUGCCCCCAGCGCCGCCCAGCCUGACACAGCCCCAGCGCAGCCGCUGCACAAACCUCCAUGGGAAAACAGCUCCGGCCGCAAGGACCCAGCCCGGCCGGGCUCACGCAACCAUCUGCAGGCCCCGCCUGAGAUAUUGACUCUUCCCGUGCUUCCAUCCUCCCUCCAGUGAGAGAAAAGGACAAAGUGCAGGCACACACAGGAGCAACGUGAAGACACCGAGGUCAGUGAAGAGGAAAUUGGGUCCCAGAUGGGAGGAAUGAGGAGAUGCCUUGACCUUGGGGCUGAAAUCCUCUGGUAAAGCUAUGGAGAAGGAUGGAAUUGAUACAUCAGACUCUCUUUUUCCCUAUAACGCAUUGAAAAGUAUGGGGAGAUGACUUGUUCAGCAAAGGCCUCAAUGCUAAAGGAAGCAAAUGUUGCAGUAGCUGUGAUCCCUUGAGAAGUUUGAACAGAGAAAGAGAGAAGAGUGAUGAGACCCUGUGCCCUCAGGGAGAGAAGACCUCUGAUUCCAAAGAUGAAGAUGAUUUCAGAAAUAGAUGAAGAGAACCUUUGCUCAUAAACAGCUCAUCUUUAAACCAAUACCCCAUAAGCUGACAUGGCCCAUAAACACAGCUGUGGGAAAAGCUGUGAAAAAUGGGAAAGACUUCACGAUUUCAGGUUUUCCAAGUGACUGCUAUUUGUGGAAAUUGAGAGCCAUGAGAAAACUGUUUUCUUAUUGAGAAAUCUUCAUAGCAGGAAAGAGGAACUUCUCUCCCUAAGUGAACUGAAUAGAGACUAUUCUAGAGGUGGUAAACUUAUGGAAAAUUUUAGGUUUUAUCUCUUUACAUUGUCAGUAGGAAAGAAAAGGUUGUAGGGAGAAGAUUUCUGAAAGUUUUGUUCUGAUUCUUAUUCCUCUUUCUUUUAGCUACAGUUAAUAAACUUUUCUUUAUCCCCUUUUAAAGUUUUGAGUCCACCUUGCCUUUCUCCUAAUCCUAUCUCAGAGCAGGAAAUGAGUGCCCAUGUGCAGCCACAGCAAAUGUCCAACAGCAGCUCCAUCAGCCACUUCCUCCUGCUGGCACUGGCAGAGACGCGGCAGCUGCAGCUCCUGCACUUCUGCCUCUUGCUGGGCAUCUCCCUGGCUGCCCUCCUGGGCAACGGCCUCAUCAUCAGCGCCGUAGCCUGCGGCCACCACCUGCACAUGCCCAUGUUCUUCUUCCUGCUCAACCUGGCCCUCAGCGACCUGGGGUCCAUCUGCACCACUGUCCCCAAAGCCAUGCACAAUUCCCUCUGGGGUACCAGCACCAUCUCCUACACUGGAUGUGCUGUUCAAGUUUUUAUGCUUAUCUUCUUCCUUGGAUCAGAGUUUUCCCUCCUGACCAUCAUGUGCUACGACCGCUACGUGUCCAUCUGCAAACCCCUGCACUACGGGACCCUCCUGGGCAGCAGAGCUUGUGCCCACAUGGCAGCAGCUGCCUGGGCCAGUGGCUUUCUCUAUUCACUGCUGCACACGGCCAAUACAUUUUCCCUGCCCCUGUGCCAUGGCAAUGCCCUGGGCCAGUUCUUCUGUGAAAUCCCCCAGAUCCUCAAGAUCUCCUGCUCAAAUUCCUACCUCAGGGAACUUGGAUUUCUUGCUGUCAGUGCCUGUUUAGCACUUGGCUGUUUUGUGUUCAUUGUUUUCUCCUAUGUGCAGAUCUUCAGGGCUGUGCUGAGGAUCCCCUCUGAGCAGGGACGGCACAAAGCCUUUUCCACCUGCCUCCCUCACCUGGCCGUGGUCUCUCUGUUCCUCAGCACUGUCAUGUUUGCUCACCUGAAGCGCCCCUCGAUGUCCUCCCCAUCCCUGGAUCUGGCCCUGUCAGUUCUGUACUCGGUGGUGCCUCCAUCCCUGAACCCCCUCAUCUACAGCCUGAGGAACCAGGAGCUCAAGGCUGCAGUGAGGAGAAUGAUGCCUGGAUGCUUUCAGGGACAUUAAACUGCUGGCCAAAUUCUGCAAACGACUUGUAAUAAAAGUCUUCUUUGAUACUUCUUGUUGAUUUCGUUGUGGGAAUUUUUUUCAUUUGUUUUGAUUUUUUUGAUAUUGUCCACAGAGAAAUGUCAUUGUUGUGCCAUUUCUCAUUUUGUUUUUCUCCACCUUCCCUGUGCCCACAGACUGUGUCAAUGAGGGGCUGUGCUCUCGGUGGCUUUAAAGGAACUCAAGGAUCUCCCAGCAGAAUUUUCUGCAGAGAUGCCCUUUUGUUGCCUUCUCUGGAGCUGCAGCAGCAAUGUCUGUGUGCAGAGCUGGGGGCAGAUCAGUGCUGGCACAGCAGCUGUGCCCAGCAGCAGCAGCAGCACUUGGUGUUGCCAGUGCUGCUCCCGUGGCCCUGCCCCGCUGCCCUGGUGGCCCUGGUGUUGCUGCAGGGCCUGAGUGCUCUCGGGGCCGGGCACAGUCCUGGGGGUGGCAGU